CCUCCUCCUCCGCCAGAGCCGCCGGCGGUGACGAUCGCCAUGUGGCCAAGCUCCCGCCUCGUCUCUCUCGGCGGGGAGGAUUCGGCGCUGCCCCCGACGAUGCGGCACGGCCUGGCUCCGGACACGCUCAGCCCCGCCAUGAACCUCGUCCUCAACUUCCUCUACGCCUACCUCCCCCAACCCCCCAUCUCCACCGCCGUCUCCCUCCGCUGCGCCGCCGACGACAACAACAGCGCCGACCGGGUCAGCAGCCUCCCCGACGACCUCCUCCGCCACGUGGUCUCCCUUCUCCCCGCCAAGGACGGCGCCCGCACCACCGCGCUCUCCUCACGCUGGCGCCACCUCUGGCGCUCCACCCCGCUCGUCCUCGUCGACACCCACCUCCUCCCGGGGGGCGACGCGGAGCUUCGGCCCGCCCGCGCCUGCGCAGCCUCGCGUGCCGUCACCAACGCCGUCUCCGCCGUCCUCGAGUCACAUCCCGGGCCCUUCCCCUUCGUCAGCCUCACCUGCAGCUUCAUGGACCUCGCCGACCGCCGCCAGCUCGCGCGCUGGUUCCAGCUCCUCGCCACCAAGGGCGUCGACGACCUCGUCUUCCUCAACCGCCCCUGGCCCCUCCCCGGCCUGCCCCUCCCUUCCGCAAUCUUCAGCUGCGCCUCCCUCCGCCGGCUCUGCAUCGGCACCUGGGUGUUUCCUGACACUGCCACCGUCCCGCGCGGCGCUGCCUUCCCCAACCUUCGUGAGAUCCUCCUCGGCUGCACCAUCAUGCAGGACAAGGACCUGGAGUUCGUGCUUGCCGUGAGCCCCGUGCUGGAGAUGCUCGCGGUCGUCGGAAGCCAGACCCAGCUGCACGCUCGUCUCGCCAGCCGCAGCCUAAGGUGCGCGCAGUUCUGCUUGUCCAUCCUCGAGGAAGUCGCCGUGGUGGAUGCCCCCAGCCUCGAGAGGCUCUUCCUCUGGAGAAAUUUUAGCCAGCGCCGACGUCGCGUCAGCAAAUUCAGCACCAUACUCAAGAUUGCCCAUGCCCCUAAGCUGCUUAUUCUCGGAUACCUGGAACCAGGAGUGCACAUGCUGCAGAUCGGCAACACCAUCAUCAAGGCUGGAACAAAGGCAAGCACACGCACCACUGUCUCAAGCGUCCAGAUGUUGGCCUUGCACCUGCAGUUCGAAGUCUACGAUCAAGUCAAGAUGCUUCCUAGUUUCCUCAGAUGCUUUCCUAGCAUCGAUACACUGAUUGUCGAGUCUGAAGAAACUCUUGAACCCAGUAGCAACCUUGGUCUCAAAUUCUGGAAGGACACAAUUCCUAUUGACUGUGUCAAGUCGCACCUCAAAAUUGUGUAUCUCCGCGAGAUGCAAGGGACAAAGAAUGAGUUUGAUUUCCUCAUGUUCAUCGCGGAGAAUGCACAGAAAUUGGAGAAGAUGUUCAUUGUGUUAAAAAAUGUCCUAAGUUACACUUCAAGGGAAGCGGUGGCUGCCAAACUGAACGCUCUUGACUCUGCUAAUUGGGCUAGCGGGUCCUGCAAAACACUAUUCAAGUUCAGUAGAACUCAUGGAGGAGGUAGUGCUUGGAACCUCAAAACGGGAUCAGAUUUCUCUUGUCCUGAUCCUUUUUGCUGCGUAUGAACUCAAAUGUGUCAGGAUAUUUCAAAUCUCAAGAUUCCAGUGGAAGUGGUGAGUGUUAUGUUGCAGUAUGUAUUAAGUGCAAUGGUAUCGACUCUUGGAGUGUGAUAUCUAAAGACUGGAUAGAGUUAGCAGAGUUUUACUUCUACUGGCAUCAGUAGUUUUGUUUGAUCAAGUCGUAUGUUAGUAGUAUUCUGUUAAGAGUCUACCUUCAUCCCUGCACUUGCUGCUAUUUGAAUGAUUACUGAUAUCUACAAUCUCAUGAUUGCUUCGGUGAUAUUACUGAUCAAAAUCUCGAAAAGCAUGUAUGCCGACACUGGUAGCAUUGACAGGGAACUAGACAUUUCUAUUCUGGCCUAUUAUGUUGCUUACUGUAACAAUUUUUCCAAACAUAUUUUUCUUGAUGCAAGCAAGUUACAGGAGGGAGGAUAUCUCCUUUGUCCAGUUAA